UCGUUGUUCGUCGCUGCGCUUUUGUCCACAAAAUUUAUGCUGAGCUGGUUUUUUUGAGGUUAUUGUUUACAUGUUUAUAAGUAACGAUCAAUUGAAACAAAAUCUUAUUAUUUCUCAAUUCAAGUUAAAUAUAUUUUUUAAAUUAUUUUUUUAAAUAUUAUUUUUAGUAAAUCGUAAACUUGAUACUUUAAUUAUUUAAAAAAAAAAAAACAACAAAAAUAAUAUAAAUAAAGUAUAAAAAAAAUAAUCUAAACAACGAACGACGAAAUAUUUGGACUUUUGGCCUUAGUAAUCACCAUUAUAAAUAUUUGAGUGGACAAUACAUAUAAAUUUGAUUUAUUAUAAUUUAUAUAUAGUUACGAAAACAAGAUGAAAGUAACAGUAAUGACUCUUGGUGACGAUAUAUUUGUCCUGGACGUUAGUGAAGAUUUGGAAUUGGAAAAUUUCAAAGCUUUUUGUGAGGUCGAAUGUGGAGUUCCAGCUCUUGAAAUUGUUAUUGCAUUUAAUGGCCGGCCCCUUAUGGAUGAUAAAAAGUCUCUAAAAGAGCAUGGAAUUAGAGAUGGUGAUGCUGUUAUAUUACAACACAUGCAUCAGAGUGGAGUUGAUUUAAAUCAAUCUCAGUCUACCAAUGGAGCCGUACCAUUUUUAGACUUUAGUUCUAUUCGAGUACCCGGAGUUAUUGGUGCACCAUCUGGUAGUAGCCCUAAUUCAUCAACUGGUUCUUCAAGAUUACAAAAUACUCGAAAUGAAAAUGAUCCAGCUAUUCUUAGAGACAUGUUUCUCGCUAAUCCUGAUCAAUUGGCUUUACUCAAACAGAAUAAUCCUAGAUUAGCUAAUGCAUUACUUUCAGGAAAUAUCGAUAAAUUUUCUACGGUAUUGAAGGAACAAAUAAAAAUACGCGAAGAACGUCAGGCACAACGACUGAGAAUGAUGAAUGCAGAUCCGUUUGAUACUGAAUCUCAAAGACUUAUUGCUGAAGAAAUAAAACAAAAAAACAUUGAAGCUAAUAUGGAAGCAGCCAUGGAAUAUAAUCCUGAAACAUUUGGGACAGUUGUAAUGCUUUAUAUCAACUGUAAAGUUAAUGGAUUUCCUGUGAAAGCCUUCAUUGACUCAGGUGCGCAAACUACAAUAAUGUCAGCAGCUUGCGCUGAAAGAUGUCAUAUAAUGCGAUUAGUUGAUACAAGGUGGGCUGGAGUUGCCAAAGGUGUAGGUGUUCAGCGUAUUAUUGGACGUAUACAUAUGGUGCAGAUACAAAUAGGCAACGAUCAUUUGACUACAUCUUUCAGCGUUCUCGAAGAACAGCCAAUGGAUAUGUUGCUUGGUCUAGAUAUGCUCAAGCGGCAUCAAUGUUGUAUAGAUCUUAAGAAAAAUAUUUUAAGAAUUGGGACUACUGGAACAGAAACUCAAUUUUUAGCCGAAGGUGACUUGCCAGAAUGCGCACGACUUAGUGGCAAUAAUGAUAUGGGGAUGGAUGAUCAGGAAUAUCAAAAAGUAUUAGAGGACAGUGCAAAAGAAGCUAAAAAAAUAAGACAACAACAGGAAGGCAGCAGUAAUUCAUCCACUAGUACAUCGACAACGAAUAAUUUAGAAACAACAAUUACAGCUAGUGAUCCAUUUACAGAAGCCAAUGUCAAAGCCCUGGAAAAUCUUGGAUUUUCUCGGGCUCAAGUGAUAGCAGAACUUCGUAGAUUUAAUGGUGAUGGGAUGCAAGCCACUGCAGCACUUUAUGCGAAAUCGUUGAAAUUUUAAACCAAAAAAUUCAAAUUAUCUUUACAAAAGAUAAAAAUAAAUCACAAUAUAUAUUA